CUCUCUCCUCAUAUUUAUUAUUAUUACUCUCUUUGUCACAGAGAAGAGAAGAAACAAAAAAAGAAAAGAUUUAAUGAGAGAUAUUAAUUCAAAAGAUUCGGCAACAUAAUCCUCGAGAAGGGUUUGGUGAGAACCGGCGGUGGAUCCGACGGAGAUGGCAAAGACCGGAUUUUUCGAUUCGGAUCCGACGGCGAUUGCUAAAGCUAAAGAGCUAAAGCGCGAGAUGAAGAAACUUCUGAGUAACAUCGAGGAAGAGGAUGGUUUGAGCGUUCAGACAAUCGAUCAGUUGCAGGAGGCUCUGUCCGCGUUUAGACAAGCGACGACGAUGAGGAAGAUGGCGAAGUCUUCUUCUUUAGAGAUGCUCGAGACGGCGGUGUCUUGUCCUGACGAGUUUCGUUGUCCUCUCUCCAACGAGCUCAUGCGUGAUCCUGUCGUCUUGGCUUCUGGUCAGACAUACGACAAGUUAUUCAUCCAAAGAUGGUUGAGUUCAGGCAACAGAACAUGUCCCAAGACAGAACAAGUUCUGCCUCACACUGCUUUAACUCCCAAUGUCUUAAUCCGUGAUAUGAUCUCUAAAUGGUGCAAGACGGUUGGGUUAGAGACUAAUAAUCUAUACGAGUCCAAGAAAGCUGUCACUAGAUCAGAUCGUGAGGUUUUCAAUUCCUUGCUCUGUAAAGUCUCUUCUUCUUCGAACGUUCAAGAUCAAAGAUCAGCUGCAAAGGAGCUAAGACUUUUGACCAAGAAAGGAACCGAGUUUCGAGCUCUUUUCGGUGAAUCUUCUGAAGGAAUCACACGCUUAGUGAGUCCGUUGUUGGUUAACCAAGAUGAGCAACUUCAAGAAGAUGUGGUGACAACAUUGUUGAACAUAUCUAUACACGAUGACAGCAACAAGAAGCUCGUCUGCGAAAACCCUAACGUGAUUCCUCUCCUGAUCGAUGCAUUAACGCGUGGAACUGUAGCCACGAGAAGCAAUGCAGCUGCAGCGAUCUUCACUCUCUCUGCUCUCGAUUCGAACAAAGCGCUCAUAGGGAAAUCUGGAAUCUUGAAACCGCUUAUCGAUCUUUUAGAAGAAGGGAAUCCAUUAGCUAUCAAAGACGCAGCCGCAGCGAUCUUCACUCUCUGUAUUGCACACGAGAACAGGAGCAGAGCUGUGAAGGACGGAGCUGUUAGGGUUUUAGGUAAGAAAAUCUCUGAAGGGUUGUAUGUGGAUGAGCUUUUAGCUUUAUUAGCGAUGCUUGUUACUCACUGGAAGGCUGUGGAGGAGCUUGGCGAGCUCGGUGGGGUGUCUUGGCUGCUGGAGAUAACUAGAGAGAGUGAAUGCAAGAGAAACAAAGAGAACGCGAUUGUGAUACUGCAUACUAUAUGUUUUAGUGACAGGACAAAGUGGAAGGAGAUCAGAGAAGAGGAGAGUGGUCAUGGAACGAUAACAAGGCUUGCGCGUGAAGGAACGUCUAGGGCACAGAGGAAAGCCAAUGGGAUCCUGGAUAGGCUGAGAAAAGCUAUGAAUCUUACUCACACAGCCUGAGAUAAUGCCCCCUAAAUUCAGCAAUGUAAAUUAUCUAUACCUAUAUAUGCUCUUCUUUUUUUUAUUUGGUUUUCAUAAUUUUUGUAAAUUAUUUCAUAUAUUUAGGAUCUGAAUAAUAAUAUAUACUCCCUCCGUUUUUUAUUA